CUAAUCCCUGUUCGAUGCUCACAAUCCACCCUCCCAUUGGUUUCUCCGCCUGCUUCUCCUAUAUCAUCUACUCCUCUGCUAUCUUCAUUUCUCCCAUUUGACAAAUCAUACAUAGGAGUCUGUUGCAGUAAUCCACCAUGACCAUCUCCCCCCCCACCACUCCAAUGGGUUCCCUCCCCUCCCCACAGCGGACCACCACCCCACCGCCAUCCCCGGAAAACACCUCCUCCAGGUAUCGGGUCAUGGCCUCGUUUUGCCUGAGAGAGCCAGCACCAAAUGCGAAUGUGUCCAAUUGGAUAGAGUGUUACAAUCCAUGUGACAACACUUGGACUUACGUUAACCCAGUUCCUGGACUCGCUGACAACCAAGUCUUGAAAGGCUUCGCCAUGGUUUCUCUAGGCGACUCCAUUUUCAUAAUUGGCGGCCGCCUCUGCCGCAAGGACAGGGCACGGGGUGAGGAGUUUAUCGAGGUGGACGUGGAGGUUCUUUCAACAGUUUUGCGUUACAAUGUGACUACUACCCAAUGGUCAAAAUGCACACCACUCGGCACCCCACGGUAUGACUUUGCAUGCACGGUUUGUGAAAAUAAAAUCUACGUGGCAGGGGGCAAAUCCACCCUGGAAAGCGCACGUGGGAUAUCCUUAGCUGAGGUGUUCGACCCCGCCCUCAAUGUGUGGACACCUCUCCCUAACAUGAGCACCCUAAGGUACAAAUGUGUAGGCGUGACAUGGCAAGCGAAGAUCCUAGUGGUUGGAGGAUUUGCUGACAGGUUGGACUCGGACCGAACCGUGCCCUGCGCGUUGGAGCGCAGUUCAGCUGAGUUGUUCGACCCGAGCAGUGGAAGAUGGGACCUGAUGGUAGGGAUGUGGCAGCUGGACGUACCACCUAAUCAAAUUGUAGUGGUGGAUGGAAAUUUGUUUAGCUCGGGGGAUUGCCUCAAGGCUUGGAAAGGUCACAUUGAGGCAUAUGAUAUGAACCUCAACAUAUGGAACAUAGUGGAUGGGUCACAGCUGCAAACCCUCUGCUCCCCACUUUACCUCACAGUGGCACCACUUGGAACCCUUCUAUAUUUCUUGGCAGGCUAUAGAAGAGGAGCCGGGGGCUCAUCCAACUUCAUAUCCAUGGUCCAUGUCUUCGACACUUUGGCUGACGAAGAUGCCUGGAGGGACUUGGAGCCUAUUCAAGAGGUUGGCGACAAAGAGCUUUGCAGCCAUGGUUGUGUUGUUCAACUUUCUAAGUAACUUAUAUAUAACAUACAUGCGUCUACCUAUACCUUUUUCCAUAUAUCAUACAGUACUUUAUGUCUAUCUUCCUCAAGUCAUCGCAUUACUUGUGCUAUAGAACAAGGUCAGAUAUACUGAGUUCAAUGAGUUCAAUUUCUCAUGUAAUCACAA